GCGAAAUUCAUGAGUCAUCGAUCGGACGACAUAUAAAAGUGUAAAAACGACCUCAAGUGUGUGCAUGCUGCUCGUUUCUCCCGACAAAAUGGCGGCAUACGGAAUCGAGAUAACUUUCGCUAUUCGAAAUGCUCGGUUCUAUCCAUCAGCCGAUGGCGUUAGCCUCAAAAUAUUCAGUUUGGACAAGGACAUGGAAGUUGUUGAAAAAGUUGCUGAAACCGAAGCGAUUUAUGGACAAAGUGACGCAUUUUUCACAGAAAAGUUAAAUCUAAACUACAGGAUUGAAAAAAUGCAAAGAUAUCGAGUUACCAUAAAUGUACUAAACUCCUCCACAAAGACAAUUAUGGGAUCAAUGGGUACUGCCGAUUUCGAUAUUUCUAUGAUGUUCGCAUGUGGAGGACGUCUCAUUCUCCUUAUCGCUUCACCACUUGCGCCAUGUUCUCUGGAAAUUGUUGGAAAAGUUCCAGAUUAUUAUUCCCAGUUUCUCCGCAUUAGGUUUUCUGGAAAUUAUUUGCACAGUCCUUCGGAUGUUAUUCCACUUCAACUGUAUUACAUUCUCUCAAUUCCCACUGAAGAACGGACAAUUAUGUUGUACAAAUCGGAAAUGUUGAGAGAAACAAAAUAUCCAGAAUGGGCGGCAUUUAGUAUUCCUCUGUUUCUGCUUAAUUAUUUUAAUGAAUCAUCGAUUCAACUUCAUGUAUAUAAUUACACACCAAAUCAUGAUGAUCAACUCGUUGGACACUGUACAACUACUCUCACACAACUACAACAAGGUGUUGGGCAUUUUAAUUCUUACAUGCUGAUGGAGCCUAAUGGGAAACGAAUUCAUGAAAAGACUUGCAUCGAAUUGAAAGAAUUGAGCUUGGAAAAUGGUCCGACAUUUUUUCAAAUGAUGGAAAAUAAUGUGAAGAUUCAAUUAACGUCUGCCAUCGAUUUGACUGCAUCAAAUGGAAAUCCUGUAAACCAAUCUUCUCUUCAUUACAUCCAUCCUCAUCAACCAUCUCCAUAUCUCGAAGCACUUCUUCAAACAGUUCCCCCACUUCUUGCUUAUCUUCCAAAUCCUCAGAAUCCUCAUAUUGGAGCUCUUGGGUUCGGUGCAAAAGUUCAAGUUCCUGGAGGUGCUCUUCAGUUAUCACACUGUUUUUGUUUAAAUGGAACUCCAACUGAUCCACGUGUAGAAGGUUUGGGAGGACUGCUAAGUGCUUAUAGAACUGCAGUUAUGGGUCUUCAACCAUUUGCACCAACAGAUUUUUCAGAAGUUAUUUAUUUUAUGUCAAAAUUCGCAAAAGCUGAAUCUCGUCGUCAUGUUGGUCUCUACUUCGUUCUAAUCAUCUAUUCAGAUGGUGGCCCUGCCAAUGCACUUAACAUGAAAAGAUCAAUUGAUGCAAUAGUUGAUGCAUCGCCUCAUCCAAUGAGUAUUAUCGGAGUUGGAAUGGGACAGGAUCGAGAUCACAGUCCGAUGCGAAAUCUUGAGAAACUGACAUUGAAACAUUCCGACGGACGGCUUCUCGUGCGACAGAACUAUAGCUACGUAGAUCCGUCGGACCUAGAAUCUAGUGAUGUGUUAGCAAUGAUCCCGAUUCAAAUGGCUCAGUGGAAACGGAUGUUCCAUUUUGAUCCGAAAUAAAACAAAUGUAUCCGAAAUUUUCUUGCACUUCUCCUAUUUGUAUUUUUGUUUUCUUGCAAUUUUCAUCAUUUUUCAUGUAUUUUGUGCCAAAAUUCGUAACGCUCAAAUUAUAUAUAUAGAUGUACGUAACCCAGUAACCUAUAAUUCCCCCUAUUCAAUCACGGGUUUUAAUCAUGUUUGCUUUUUUCAUAGAUUGUUCAAUUUUUCAUAGAAUUCAUUUAUUUCUCACAUUUUAUCCGCUGGUUUGUUGUACUCAUUUUCCUCAUCAUUUCCAAUAAAAAGAAACGGUCGAUAUC